UUGUUCCGGCUGCUAACAGGUACCUUCAGUCCUUGUCACAAGACAUCACAAGUUCCUGGUUGGAAGAUGAAGAUCCUUCUUUUUGGGGUUAUUCUAGGACUUCUUGUUUUUGUCCAUUCAACACCUGCACCUACUGUGACCCGGACCUCGGCCAAGUCUGAGGAUGAAGUCCUCCGCGAGGCGUUGACGGAUGGUUUCCUGGUCAAAUUGACUUCACUUACGACUGAAUCACCCAAGAGAAAUUCAACGCUUCCAGCUUCCCCGCAGCCGUCAAAGGCUCCCUCGGGAGACUUUGAGGGAAGUGGUAUGGGGGGGUUCAACCAGCCUGAAGGUGAACACUAUGCAACCACAACCCAGAGUGUUUCACAUGCCCCAAGCUCAAGCUCAACAGUGUUUACAAGAGAUACAGGCAACCCUAGCUCAAACUCUUCCACCACUGAAAGCCCAGGAGAGUCCAUCGAUGUGAUCCCCCAGCAUGAAGGUGAAAACAUGGUGACAACGACCCAGAGUGUUUCACAUGGCCAGAGCUCGACCACAACGGUGCCUCCAAGAGGUGCUAAUGACGCUGGUUCUGAUUCCUCUACAACUCAAGCCCCAGGAGAGUCCAGCAAUCUGACCCCCAGUCAUGACAGUGAAAACAUCCCAGCAACAACCCAAAGUGUUUCACAUGCCCCAAGCUCGACCUCAACCGUGUUCCUAAGAGCUGUUGACCACUCGAUUUCAGAUUCAUCCAUCAAACAUCGGGAUAACAUCACAACAACAACCCAGAGUGUUUCACAUGCCCCAAGCUCGACCUCGACCGUGUUCCUAAGAGCUGUUGACCACUCGAUUUCAGAUUCAUCCAUCACUCAAAGCACUCAGUCAAGCCUUACCUCUUCGACAGUGCCAGAUGAAGCCCAGCCAAGCCUGGACUACACAUCUACCACUCUAAAGACUCACCACUUUGUCCCAAGCUUUGAUUCUUCCGGUUCAGGUUCAGGAUCUGGAGAAGGAGAGAUGCCUGACCAGUACACAACACCCAGUAUUACCACCACCACAAACGCUGUGACCACCACUGCAUCAUCCACCAUUGCUGUUCCUAUCAAACCCAUAGCUCCAAGAAUGUUUCCAAAAAGUAACGAGUUACCAUCAAUAAAGGAUUUAGAGGAGAAACCAGGAGUCAUCCGUGUCACUUCGGAGCCACAGCUUCCAACAUCAAUCACCGACAAUAAGAAUAAGUCUGGCAUGACUGGUCCACUGAUACCAAAACCAGAACCCAGCAAAGGACAUAAUACACCAGGUUGGAUGAUCAUCGUCGGCUUCAUCGUUGGUGUUGCAGCGCUGGUUGUGCUCUGUAUUGCCAUUGCUACAAGAGACAAGUGGAAUGGACCGAGGAAGGCUUCCCAAGUUGAGAACCAAGUCAACUCUGCAAACCAGCAGAGGGAGCAGGAGAGUGAGACGUUCCUGCCCAAAGAGAAUGGGAAGGCGGCAGAAUACACGGUCAUCCCCCUGGAUGAGCUUCCAGAGAAGUACUCGACAGACUGAGGCUCAGGAAUAGACCCUUGUGGUUUCUAAGGCUCUCACUGUAGAACCUCAAGAGACUUUGAAGCAGAGGAGUUUGGUCAGAGGAACAAAGCAGUCAAGGCUUUAAGCCCAGUCUGAACCAAGGAAACCAGUCUGCUGCUUUCCAGCUGGCUUUCAAAUGCUCUUUUCACAUCUUUGCUGUGAGACUAAAGCAAUAUUUGAUGAUUUUAUUUAUUGCCAUGUCAGCUCUUUUUUGAACUGCGACACACAAAGCCGGUCGGGUAACUUUCAGAUGCCGUUUAUUUCAAGUCUUGUUUUAUUUUGUAUGUAUAGAAAUAAUUUUCCCAUGUUCUUUGUAUGAGGGGGAGGCAGUGGCUAAGUCUGAUGUGCCUUAUUGCUUCCUGAAGGCUGCUGAUGUGCCGCUGAGUAAGGAAACAAACCCUCAGGCAGCAGCCAUCACUCUGAUAUCUUCAUUAGUGCAUGGAUCCUGUUUGCUCAGAGUGCUGGGGUUGAAUUUCCCUUUGAGGGAUCAAUAAAGGAUAUUUUCUUUCUUCUGUUGCUCUUUUUGCAAAAAUAUGUAUAUUUUCAAUGGUCUUUGUAAUUAUGUUGAAUCAUGCUGUAAUUAUAUUAUUAAAGUCUGUGUUAUGGA